AUGCAUUUCUCAACAGCAGUGAUCAGCGCAGUCCUAUCAGCCACCGCACUGGCUGCGCCGGCUCUGGAGUCAAGAGCUGACCCAAACUGGACCAUUACCAGCAUGAAGCGCGUCUGCAACGCCGCCGAUACAUCCUGCACCUGGACCUUCGGCAUUGAUACACACCUUUCUGCGGCGACACCGUGCUCGUUCACCGUAACGGGCUCCCCUGCCAGUCAGACGAGCAACACUGGCUCAACCUGUGGCGCUUACACCGUCUCCAGCGGGUGGAGUGGUCAAUUUGGCCCUGGCAAUGGAUUCACUACUCUCGCCGUCGUGGACAACACCAGAAGGAAGAUUGCCUUCCCAGCCUACACCGACAAACAGCUCGCUGGUGGCGCUGUUGUUACUCCUGAUCAGAGUUACCCUGCGUCUUCCUUGUAA